GUCAAAGAAGAGCACACAACCUUCCUCUCACCAGAAUCAAACUGCUCUGCCAUCCUGCGCAGCGCCACCCCGAGUUCUUUCUAGGCACCGACACUCUGACAUUGCAGAUCAUUUUCAUCGCAAUUGAGCCACUCCUUUUCCAGUCGCCGCUGAACCACUUUUUGACACGCGACCAAAAAGUAGCUGCCACAUCUCUGCCAUCCACGUCGCAAUGGCAGAUAUGGAUCCAGAGAACGCUUUUCUGGAGUCGCAAAGAGAGUAUGACCCUGCGGGCAACUUCUCCAGUGCGCCGACUCAAUCUGCUCCCGUUGACGAGGACGACGAGGAAGCGGAGUAUGACCCGGCGGCAUUACUCCCUACGGUUCCCACGCACGAUGAGCCCGCCCCGUCCGAUCGAUCGGCGUCGAUGCCGCAAUCCACUACGAAUAGCCCGCCGACCAUGAUGGGAGGCGAUGCCAAACAGCCCCCUGCCGCCGCGUCCGCAUCGACACAGUCGAAGCAGCCUCGCACUGUUGGGGGUUUUGUCGUUGAGAGUGAGGAUGAGGAUGAUGAAGUACCAGACUCGAGACCUCAGACGACGGGGACUGCAUUACUGAGUACGAAUGGGCUGUCUCAUUCCCCACAGGGUUCUCUUACACACACUGCAAACAAUACAGUAUCCCCAAACAAUCAACCAUUACAUAGUGUACAAGAUCUGGGUCAUGCUGGUGUUUCUUCUUCCACUUCUGUCCCUGUCAAUGACGCUCGUCCUACACAAUCGCCCGCUGUUGCUAGCCAAGGUACGCCGGUGCCAGAUGCUACUAAAUCGGCUGGCGCCACCCAGCCCAACACUGUCUCAGCAACGCCCUCUACUCUUGACACAGCUGCUGCUUCUUCUCUGCCGAAGCCGCGUCUUCCCCAGGAUCGCGUCGGGUUGCUUGAAGACCGGAUCUCUGACGAUCCUCGUGGUGACACCGAGGCUUGGUUGAGUCUGAUUGAGGAAUUCCGCAGGCGGCACAAGUUUGACGAAGUUCGAGCACUCUAUGAUCGUUUCUUCAAAGUAUUCCCCUCAGCAGCCGAACAAUGGAUCGAAUAUAUCAACAUGGAGCUUGGGCUCGAUGAACUGCAGCGGGUAGAGAAGUUGUUUGAACGAUCAGUUUCCAACAACCCCCAUGUCGGGCUCUGGUCGGCGUACAUCAAUUACAUACGCCGCAUUCACAACAUGGAGAGGGAUCCUGAAAAGGCUCGUCCCGUUAUUAACCAAGUCUACGACUUUGUUCUCAAUGGUAUUGGCAUCGACAUCAGCUCGGGCCGGAUAUGGUUAGACUACAUAGAGUUUCUCAAGUCGAGCCUCCCCGGUGUUCUCGGUGGGAGCGACUGGCGCGACAUGCAGAAGAUGGAUACGCUCCGGAGAGUGUAUCAACGCGCAAUCGCCGUCCCAACGAACUCGACAUUGACGAUCUGGAAAGAGUACGAUAAGUUCGAGCAUCAGCUGAACAAGGCAGCGGGCCGAAAACACCUGCAGGAGCAAUCGCCAUUCUACAUGACGGCGCGGAGCGCUAACAAUGUUCUGGAGAACCUUACUAAGGGAAUCAACCGAACAACACUCCCAAAACUUCCGCCCGUGAAAGGGUUUGACGGGUAUGACGAAUACAUGAAUCAGGUUAACCUGUGGAAAGCAUGGAUUCAGUGGGAAAAGGAGGAUGCACUGCUGGUCAAGGAGGAGAAGCCGGAGUUGUACAAUCAGCGGGUUAUCUAUCUUUACAAGCAAGCUCUCAUGCCCCUCCGUUUCUGGCCUGAGUUAUGGUACGAAGCAGCAGAGUGGUGUUUCCAGAACGGCUUGGAAAAGGAGGGAAACGAAUUUUUGCAGAACGGAAUUGAUGCGAAUCCGGAAAGCUGUCUUCUGGCUUUCCGUCGGGCACAUCAGCUGGAGCUGGGCGACUACGAGGACGGGGACAAUGCGGGUACUCGCAAGGGCGAGGCCGUUCGUGCUCCGUUCGAUCGGCUACUCGACGAACUAUAUGAGCUUACCAACAAGACAAAGAAGCGCGAAGAGCAAGCCAUUGCACGGACCAAAGAAGCAUUCGACGCGCAACAGGCUGCCGAGGAAGCCGCACGUGCUGCGGCGAAUAAGGAGGACGAAGAUGAGGAUCGUGACGAGGAGCUGGAGACGGCUAAGCGGGUCAAGGAGAAGGAGGACGCCCUACAGCUUCAGAUCAAAGCCAUCUCGACCGGGUUCAAUGCCCAGAUGACUACACUGAAGAAACUCAUAUCCCAUACCUGGAUCGCUCUGAUGAGAAGCAUGCGCCGUAUUCAGGGAAAAGGGUCACCUGGAGGCAAUCCACCGGGUUUCCGCGGCAUCUUCGCAGCCGCUCGUAAGAGGGGAAAACUGCUCAGCGCUACGUAUGUGGCCAGCGCCCUGAUUGAACAUCACUGUUACAAAGACCCAGCCGCUACCAAGAUCUUUGAGCGUGGGCUAAAGCUUUUCCCCGAUGACGAGGAGUUUGCCUUGGAGUACAUUAAGCAUCUGAUGAAACUUGACGAUCUCACCAACGCGCGUGCAGUCUUCGAGACAGUGGUCAACCGGUUGACGCAAAAACCGGAAUCUGUCGCGCGAGCCAAGCCUCUUUUUGCGUUCUUCCAUGAUUACGAGUCGCACUUCGGAGAGCUCGCACAGAUUGUGAAGCUGGAGAAGCGAAUGGGCGAGUUGUUCCCCGAAGACCCUCAGCUUACUCGUUUCGCUCAACGGUUCGCUUCUGCUUCCUUUGACCCUACUGCAGUUCGGCCAGUCAUAUCCCUCAAAGCGCAGAUGAGACCGCCAGCGUUGACGAACGUACUCCCAACUGUUGAAGAACCACCGGCACCCCAAGCUGCAGUGCAGGAAAGUCGACCUUCCCCCGUCGUCCAAUCCCCACGUGUUCAGCCAGCAUUGGGGCUGGUUUCCCACUCCCCGAAGCGACCAUUGGAAGAUGUGGAUAACGAGUUGGCACAGCCGCGGAAGAUGAUUCGUGGCGAAUCGCCCUUGAAGGGUGCAGCGGGACGCCGGCUUGACGCUGCUCGGAGAAACUUGGCACGCGCGUCUGAAGGAGUAGCCAGCACGCCGACCGCUGCUCCUCCGCAGCCUCUUCCCCGCGAAGUCACGUUCAUGCUUUCGCUCAUUCCUCAUGCAAGGUACUAUAACCUUGACAUCAUCUUCAACCCUCAGAAGGUGGUGAAUUUGCUCAGGGGGAUGACGUUGCCUGACACAGUGCCCUCACAUGCCCCUACGCCCGUCGCUCCUGUUGCACCUCCUCCGGCUCAACUCAACCAGCCAAUGCAUCAUUGGGGUGCGCCUCCUCCGUCGAGUAUGGGUAGCGGCUACUACGGUCGCUGACAGAGAGACAUGGCCCCCCUUCGUUCAGAAGUUGGUGUCAAUAUAUCUAGUGACGCCGCUGC